AUGGCUAAACGGAACAUGGUAGUCGAAGAGAAUACUCAAUUAAUUUGUCUAGAAAAGGUUGAUGAUGAAAAGGAUAAGGAUUUAGAAACUAACAAAACUAUAAAUAUUAAAAAUGAAGAAUUUAAAACUAACAUUGAUGAAAACUAUGUAGAUGAUAAUGAAACAAAUUCUAAUAAUACUGUGGAAGAUCUUGUUAAUGAUGGUAAAAAUGAAGAUAAUGUAAGCAACGAUAAAGACAAACUUAUAAUAAAAGAAAGGGCUAAAAGAAAGAUAACUCCAGUGUCUAGAUAUGGUAAUUCAGUAUCACAUUGUAUUUAUGUAAAUUACAUAGAUGCGAAUGUACCAAAUACAUUUGAGGAGGCGAUGAACUCCCAUGACCAUAAACAAUGGGAAAUAGCGACGGACUCGGAAAGACCUUGUUGA